AGGAGAGGCUUGGAGGGGGCGACCUGUGGGAGGAAGGGGUUAUGGGAGGGGCGGGGUGGAGGGAAGGACAGCACGUUGUUGACGCCAUUUUUGCUCAGCACAUGUUCUUGAGUAAGUUCAGCCGAGCACCCCCUUCCUUGUAAGGAGGAUUUUAAGCUAUGUUUUUUGGGGCUUUCUGCGGGGAGGAAAGGGUAUGGGGAGGAGUUUUUGUCUGUCUGCAAUGCCUCAGACAAACUCUCUGACCGGGGAGCCGAGGGAAGGGGGUGGGAAGAGGGAGCCGGAGGCUUUUGCCUCUGUAGAAUGGCUUUCCAAAUUAAAAGAAACAGUGGGAGGUAUUUGCCAGCUGUGCUGUCCCCCAAUUCAACUUGCAGUGAGUGUUUGCCCAACCUUUUCCCAGUCAGGCAGGGAAUCAACAUUCAAAUCCGGAAAAUGCAAAAAAACCCAUUUUACUAAUUUCUUCAGCUUUUAUUUUGAGAAAUUGAUAUUUCCAGCCUUUAAAAUAUUCUUAAUAUGGGAAUAUUUAUUCCUUUCCUGUGUAGACAAAAGAGAACCCAUGGCCAAUCUUAAGGCUUUACUACACAGACUGGUCUAACCUUUUUUACCUCCGAGAAAAGCAGAAAAGAUCCAAACUGCGGUCAGGGUUUAAAAACCACCGCGGAGCCCGGGACAUGCUGCCAGUGCACCCCCCCACACACACCACGUGUGCAGCCACGUGGGCUCCCCUGGUCCCGAUACCGGGGAGAGGCUCUGGCACCAGCACUACCACCACUGUGACUUGCAAAACCCCACAACAACCACCGGAUCUCCCGCAGCCCCGUGCCCCCCCAAGUACCUGUUUCCUGAAGGACGCGUGGUGUUCAAAGAAAAGAAAAAAAAGGUUCUCGGUCCAAGUUGACUCGUGUUCUCACCGAGCUACCAACUCGACCCUCGUCAGUAAAGACUGCGGGGAGAAAGAAAAGAUACUUUCAUUGCCCCUACAUGUUCUGCAACAGCCAACCAACCAGACUACUUGAGGAACAAACUGUGAAAUAUAACCCAGAAGAAGAGUCCCCUCUGCUCCUUUACUCGUUCAAUGGACUUGUGUUCAAGAUGCUGCUUCAUCAAAUCCUAGCAGAUUAUCCGCAGAUACAACAGGGUAGCCCCAGCUAUUUUGAAAUGAAGAACAGCUGCCUGUACCUCCACAACAAGCUGUCAGAUAUUCAGAGCCGCAUAUCUGAAUUUUAUAAGCAGUAAGUGGAGUCUUGGCACCAGGCAUCUGCUUCAGCCUGAAAUAUCUAUGAACUCUGGAUAUUUAUUUGUAACAGAAGAUUAGGCUUUUAGGAUUUUUGAAGUUAGUAUUGAACAGUAGGUUGUGUUAGCACUGAGCAAUAGAUUACUUCCUAAAAAGGUAGGAUUAGUUCAAAGAAGUUUACUAAGUUUAAGA